AUGAUUCCAAAUAAUGUUCCUCCAGUCGCAGGGAAAGAACUCGAAUAUAUUGCUCAACUCGUGAAUGGAGGCACCCUCAGCGACGGCGGUGGCCGUUUCAGCCAACAGUGUCAAUCAUGGCUCGAAGAACGACUUGGCUGCCCGAGAGCUUUCCUGACACCAUCAUGCACUGCGGCUCUCGAACUCGCCGCACUGGUCCUUGAGAUUCAGCCAGGUGACGAGGUUAUUGUCCCGAGCUACACAUAUAUCUCCACAGCAAAUGCCUUCCUUCUACGUGGUGCCUCGCUCGUGUAUGUGGAUGUUGAGCCUGAAACGAUGAAUAUUGAUGCAAGCAAAGUCCGCGAGGCAAUCUCACCGAAGACACGCGCCGUUGUUCCGGUACACUAUGCUGGCAUACCGUGUGAUAUGGAGGCCAUCAUGGAGGCCAUCGGCGAUCGCAAAGAUAUCUAUGUCGUCGAAGAUGCAGCGCAAGGACUCUUUUCUUCCUACAAGGAUGGGAGGGCACUCGGCAGCAUUGGGCACAUAGGAUGUAUCAGCUUCCACGCGACCAAGAACGUCACGUCCGGCGGAGCAGGAGGGGCGAUCAUCAUCAACGACCGGAAAUUCAUUGAGCGCACCGAAACGAUUCGAGACAAAGGGACCAACCGACCCCAGUUUCUAAGGGGUGAAACGGACCAUUAUAUAUGGCAGCGAGCGGGAGCCAGUCAUGUCCUAAGUGAGAUGCAGGCUGCCUACCUCUGGGCCCAAUUAGAGGCUGCAGAUCAGAUUCAAGCUCAGCGGCUCAAGCUGUGGGAGUUCUAUCGGCAGAAUCUGGCCGGGCUACGGACAAAGGGAAUUGGGAUCCCGUUGGAGUGCACUCGGGGCCAGCAUAAUGCGCAUAUUUUCUUCAUCAAAUUGCGGGACGAAAAAGAACGACGCCAGUUCACUCUCGCGAUGCGAGAUAAGGGGAUUUCCGUUCUGGCUCAUUAUGGUCCCUUACAUCGCACUCCUCCCGGUCUCCAGGGCCGGCAUGUCCUGCACCCACAGGAUUAUGCAUCUCAGGAAAGUACACGACUUGUCCGUCUGCCGCUAUAUUAUGCUAUGACGAUAGACGAAGCAAAAUAUGUUGUUGAUCAGGUCCAAAAUUUUUUUGAGUAA